UUGACGAGACAGAACACAACCAAGCGCAGGAAGCAUGGCAGAACAAGGUGUGGACUCAUAUGACCAUCUGUUCAAGCUGCUCUUGGUGGGCGAUGCCGGUGUCGGCAAGAGCAGCAUGCUCCUUCGUUUCACAGAGGACACGUUCGACGAUCACCUUCAAAGCACGAUUGGCGUUGACUUUAAGGUCAAGAUGAUCACCGUGGACGGCAAACGCAUCAAGAUGACGAUCUGGGACACGGCCGGCCAAGAACGCUUCCGCACGCUCACGAGUUCGUACUACCGUGGCGCGCAAGGUAUCGUCUUGGUCUACGACGUUGCCCGCCGCGAUACGUUUGCGAACUUGGACACUUGGCUCCAAGAAGUCGAAGUGUACAGUCCCGCGAACGGCCGCGACGUUGUCAAGCUCCUCGUGGGCAACAAGAUCGACAAGGAGCGCGCCGUGAGCCGUCGGGAAGGGGAGGCAUGGGCGCGGUCCAAGGGCAUGCUGUUUGUCGAAAGCAGCGCCAAGACCAAAACGGGCAUUCAGCAAGUUUUCAACGAAGUGGUGCAGAAGAUCCUGGACAACCCGUCGCUGUUGUCGAACACGGCACCCAAAAACCGCGCCGCCAAACUCGACUUGACCGACACCCGACCGAGCGCGUCCACCGGCUGCUGCUAAUGCAAGGAACCCCAUGAAGUGGGAGAUGGCGGCGUACCCUCCUACCUCCAUCCACAUGACGGACGCUUCGAUUCCUUUGCUCUUCCUCCAACUAACGUUACUAUAUAUGAGUUGUGCAUGAACGUCGUUCGUUUUGACGCAAUGGUGUUGGCUCGCGGGCU